UCCUUUCCAUUCAGUUCAACUUCCGGGUGGGAAUAUUGUGCUUGAAAGUCUGCUCGCAAAUCUAUUUGGACGAACUUCUCGGCCAACCUCACGUUCUAAAAUGUCCCGAGGCUCUAGUGCAGGGUUCGACCGGCACAUUACCAUCUUCUCUCCUGAAGGAAGACUCUACCAAGUCGAAUAUGCUUUCAAGGCCAUUAACCAAGGUGGACUCACGUCAGUAGCAGUUCGGGGGAAAGACUGUGCGGUUGUUGUCACACAGAAAAAAGUACCGGACAAGCUCCUGGAUGCCGCCACAGUGACCCACCUUUUCAGAAUAACAGAUAAUAUUGGAUGUGUAAUGUCAGGGAUGACAGCCGACAGCAGGUCCCAAGUGCAGCGAGCUCGCUAUGAGGCUGCAAACUGGCAGUACAAGUACGGUUAUGAGAUUCCAGUGGACAUGCUGUGUAAGAGGAUGGCUGACAUCUCACAAGUCUACACGCAGAACGCUGAGAUGCGACCACUGGGCUGCUGUAUGAUUGUGAUCGGCGUUGACGAGGAGAACGGCCCCCAGGUGUACAAAUGUGACCCAGCGGGCUACUAUUGUGGCUUCAAGGCAACCGCCGCUGGAGUCAAGCAGACAGAAGCCACCAGUUUCCUUGAAAAGAAAGUGAAAAAGAAACUUGACUGGACCUUUAAGGAAACUAUUGAGACGGCAAUUUCUUGUCUGUCAACUGUUCUCUCCAUCGACUUCAAGCCUUCAGAGCUGGAGGUGGGCCUUGUCACAACGCAGGAUCCCAAGUUCAGGAUUCUGACAGAGACUGAAGUGGACGUCCACCUGGUGUCCUUGGCAGAGCGGGACUGAGCGAGCAGAGACGCAUCACCUGUUGGAUUAAGUUAGAGCAUGAUGGGAUAUACAAGUCUGAGCAGAUGGAGACUGGUGUUAUCUUUGUUUGCUGUACAUUUACCCCCCCCCACUGUUUCAUUCAAAAAUAAAAAAAAGUUUUUGGAGUAAAA